CCCUCUCUCUUUCAUUCUCUGCAUUUUUGGCUGCUUUUAGUGUGUUCUUGCCAGUCUGUUUUGGAGGAAGAGCGUGGAGUUCCCAAAAAGCUGAGUGUCGGUUUUAGAAGAAUGUACGCGGAAACAGGGCUGUUCUUCCCUUAUCUUCAAAAUUUUUCUCCAGAAAAUCAGCAGCUUGAAGAGUACUGUAAAUCCCAGAAACCCAAUGCUUCAUUGGGCAACCUACUUCAGACCUCUACCAUAUCAGAAUAUGAUUUGGGGGGAGAAGGGGAUCUUUUUAAGGCUCCAGAACCGAUCAUUGAAGAACCUAUUAUUGGUGUUGAUCCCAUGACAUUGGCCAUUUCAAUGAUUUCCUUUGCGGAUGACAUCAUCCUCUCGCAAGGACUCAAGGUUGCAGAUAUUGAAUCAAUUCAAAGCGACCAGCUUCUGAAUGAUGUGUUCUACGGGUGCAGCAAUGAUCUCAUGGCAAAAGCUGCUAUAGAAUCACCGCUCUCCGAGGUUCUGGAUAUCAAGAUUCCUAUUGAUCAUACCAGUGAGAACCAAAUUCAAGACAACAAUUGGCUUCCUGAUUUGCCAUUUCAGAAAAGCGUCAGCUCAAGUUGUUUAACCUCAAUGGAGUGGGUGCAAGGUGCUGUUGUGGAGCCUAGUUAUCUGGAUUUUCCUAGAGUGGAUCUUAGAGAAGUUUAUGGGAUACGAAGAGCAUUUAGUGAAGGAGACAUAGAGACUCUUGGUAAUGGUAAUGUGAGUCUCAUCCACUCUCCCAUUGAGCAGCCCAUUAUUAUUGGCAGUUGCACUGCCAAGGAUAGGAGGGAAAAGCUUUCCAGGUAUCGGAACAAGAAGACAAAGAGGAACUUUGGUAGAAAAAUCAAGUACGCUUGUAGGAAAGCUCUUGCAGACAGUCAACCAAGGGUCCGAGGAAGGUUUGCUAAGACUGAAGAUUCUUCUGACAUUUCCAAGAGCAAUAGCUUCUAACUAAAUCAGUCAGAGGAAACGCAGUGAAUAAAAAUCAUGCGAGAUGAUCCAUCCCAAGUGGUGUAAACCUGGCCAACAACAAGGUGUAGUUCGACAGUGUAAACAGGUAAUGCUGAAUAAUGGGAAUCCCCAAGUCCUAGAUAUCAGUUAAUUUGAUGUAAUAACCUUUUCUUUAGAGUCUGAAAAAUGGCCUAGAAGAGUUGUUGUAUAUAGGCUUGUUGAAUAAGAAACAGGAAGCAAGGCAUUGUUGAUAAGUUGGUUUAUGAAAUCGCCACGUAGAAGAAGUGUUCCCUUUAAUCUGUGCUUCCAUGAGUAAAUGAUAUGAUCAAAAAAUGAUGUUCACAGCUUGUUCAAUAAGAUGGGUUAUUUGUGAAUCA